AUGCCCACCCUCCAUCCUGUCGUUCAAGCGGACUUUCCAACAUCGCUCGUCCUAUCAAUCACUCCUCCCCCCGCACUGCCUUCUCAUACUACCAACGUCCUCAUCCUUCUUCACGGCCUUGGGGACACUGCAGUCUCCUUUACCAGUCUAGGCAAGCAGCUUGCUCUGCCUGAAACAACAUGCAUCUCCCUACAAGCACCUACGCCUCUACCACUUGAACUUGGUGGCUUUCAUUGGGGUGACGACAUCACCUUCGAUCAGGCCUCGGGGCAGAUGGACUUCGACACUGGAUUCAACAAAGCUGUCAAGAUCAUCAAGCAAGACAUAAUCGAGAAUGGGCUGAUCAAGAAGUGUGGGUACAAGGCAAGAGAGAUCAUGCUCUUUGGCUUCGGUCAAGGAGCAAUGGCAGCUCUAGCUACCGCAGCUUCCGUGGCCGAAGAGCUUGGAGGUAUCGUCUCAAUAGGUGGUCCCCUACCAUCCUCGAAUUUAUCUGCAAAAGCCGUCAAGACACCUGUCUUGGUACUUGGAGGGUCAUCGAGUACAUUGAUCACUCGGACAGCUCUUGAUAAGCUGAAAGCAGCCUUUCAAAAUGUCGAAUAUCAAAAAUGGAACAGGGCAGGAGACGGUAUGCCUCGAAAUAGAGACGAGAUGCUACCCAUUAUGCGCUUCUUUGCUCGUCAGCUGAGGAGCCGAGCUGGCGUGCCCAAAGGCAGUGUCGAGGUAGGUUGA